AUGAGAGGCCUAGCAUUGAUCUCACUGGGAGAGGCGAUUGACACUGCACAGCCCGGCCACGAGCCUUCCUGCAAGGUAUACAUAGAGGGCUAUCUCACCGUCGCCGCGUCGGCAUAUUGCUUCCACUCGGUUUCUCCCGGCGACUGUAAAGACUGUCUCCAUAAGACUCGGACCCGGCUCAUGGACAAAGUGUGCGCAGGUUCAUUCGGAGGCCAGCUCGAAGUCGGCGAUUGUUGGGUCAAGUAUGACGCCACUAGGUUUUGUUGA